AUGAUGGGAUCAGAUAAUAAUCAGAGUUUUCAAGACGAUAAAGAAGACAUGGAAUCUCUCACUCUCGACGAUCCGUUAACUUCCACUACUAACAGCAACUACUUGUCGUUCGCUGAUUACCGCUCUGCCACGUCGUCACUCCAGGAUACUCACCACCACCCUCUCACCACUGCCGAUUCCGAUCCUCUUCUCUCUCCACCUCCCCCACCGUACUCCUCUGCCUCGGCGCCAGAUUCCGGUGCGUAUAUUGAGCCGCCGGCUUAUGCGGAUGUGAUUUUCAGUUCGUUUGAUGAGAGUUCGGUUAAUGAAAACAACGGUGUGGAUAGUCAUCAUAGUUUGAACAGAUCAUCAUCGAGUGAUUCGUCGCAGUCGUUCUCGAGGUCGUUGUCAACGGCGUCGAAUUCGUCCUCGGAUUUCAUCAAAAUUACGGUUUCUAACCCUCAGAAAGAGCAGGACGCGACGAAUUCGCUUGUGCCGGGAGGUAAUACUUUUGUUACGUAUUUAAUCACUACGCGAACGAAUCUUCCUGAUUUUGAUAGGUCUGAAUUUAGUGUACGGCGUCGUUUUAAGGAUGUUGUCACGUUGUCGGACCGGUUAGCGGAGAGUUAUAGAGGGUUUUGCAUUCCGCCGAGGCCAGAUAAGAACGUGGUAGAGAGUCAGGUAAUGCAGAAGCAGGAAUUUGUUGAGCAAAGGAGAGUUGCAUUGGAGAAGUAUUUGAGGAGACUGGUUGCGCAUCCGGUGAUUAAGAGGAGUGAUGAGUUGAGAGUGUUUUUGUCGGUACAAGGGAGGUUGCCAUUGGCAACGAGUACGGAUGUGGCAUCGAGAAUGCUCGAUGGAGCAGUGAAGUUGCCUAAACAGUUGUUUGGUGAGAGUGUGGCUGUUGCUCCCAGUGAGGUUGUGCAGCCGGCGAAAGGUGGGAGGGAUUUGUUGAGGAUUUUUAAGGAGUUGAAGCAGAGUGUUGCUAAUGAUUGGGGUGGUGCAAAGCCGCCAGUUGUGGAGGAAGAUAAGGAGUUUUUAGAGAACAAGGAGAGGAUGCAGGAUCUUGAACAGCAACUCAGUAAUGCUUCUCAGCAGGCUGAAGGGUUGGUUAAAGCGCAGCAAGAUAUGGGAGAGACAAUGGGAGAAUUAGGGCUGGCUUUUAUUAAGUUAACAAAGUUUGAGAAUGAAGAGGCGGUGUUCAAUUCACAAAGAGUGAGGGCUGUCGACAUGAAAAACGUGGCGACUGCUGCUGUCAAAGCAAGUAGAUUCUACCGGGAAUUAAAUGCACAGACUGUGAAGCAUUUGGAUACUCUCCAUGAAUAUCUGGGGCUGAUGCUUUCUGUCCAUGGUGCUUUCUCGGAUCGUUCUAGUUCUCUGUUGACAGUGCAAACUCUUGUAUCAGAAUUGUCCUCAUUGCAUUCUAGGGCUGAAAAACUUGAAGCUGCAUCAUCAAAAAUAUUUGGUGGUGACAAGUCAAGGAUUCGCAAGAUAGAUGAGCUAAAGGAAACCAUAAGAGCUACAGAGGAUGCAAAAAAUGUUGCAAUCAGAGAAUAUGAGCGGAUCAAGGAAAACAACAGGAGUGAACUAGAGAGGCUUGACAGUGAAAGGCAUGCUGACUUCCUCAACAUGUUGAAGGGAUUUGUACUUAAUCAGGUGGGAUAUGCUGAGAAAAUUGCCAAUGUGUGGGCAAAGGUCACUGAAGAGACGAGUGUGUAUGCGAAGGAGAGCUCUUGA